AUGGAUAACAGAAACAGAGCUAAAAGAAUAGUGAAUAUGGCAUUGCAAUCUUCGCCGCCGCCAUCUUCAUCGACUUCAACAAAUGAAGAUUUUUCAAGUGAUCAUUCUUCUUACCAUCCACAGCAAAAUGUAGAAAUUUCCACAGAAUUAGAAGACAGUGAAGAUAAUGAAGAAAGAAGAGAUCCAGAGGGUCCUGUAGGUAACUUGGGGGAAAUAAAUCAUCCAGAUUCCGAUGAACCUGUCAAAGGAAGAAAAAGAGUUCGGAAUUUCGAUAGAUGGGCAAAGAAUAUAAGGAAGCGAAAAAGAACUGCAGGCCAAGAAUAUCGCAACGUACGAGGUAGUAUUGUCCCAGCUAAAGUAUUUACACCAGUUGUAUGCAGCUGUAGGUUCAAAUGCAGUGAGCAGGUUUCAUCUGAAAAUCAAGAAGCAAUACACGUAAUGUUUUAUCAGCUCACCUCAUGGGAUGCUCAAACAACAUGGUUGUGCAGCGCCAUUAUGACUUUAGAACCAAAACGCCGUAAGCAAAGACAAAAUGCUCAAAAUCCUAGCCGCAUAAAUUAUGUACGCCAAUUCAUGCUGUUGGACAAAAGAGUUUGCAAAAGUUUCUUUUUAAAGGUCAUACAAAUAUCUAACAAAAGAUUAGAUUAUGCAUUACGUAAUAAAAAAUCUGUUUCUGGAAUAGCGGAAAGAGAUAAGAUGGGACAACAUGUACCUGCUAACAAGCUGUCAGAUGAAAAGUUGAACUGGAUUAAAGACCACAUUAAUAGUUUUCCGAAAUUUGUGAGUCACUAUGGAGAAAGACGAUCAACACGAAAAUAUUUGCGCCCGGAUCUUUCAAUGAACAAAAUGUAUGAACUUUUUAAAGCAAAAUGUGAGUCAGAAGGAAAACCAAUAUUGAAAAAGAGCGCCUACGUCAAAGUAUUUACAACCGAGUUUAAUAUACACUUCUAUAUCCCUAAGGCAGAUACUUGUAAAACCUGUGAUAUACUCGAGAUAGCAGUAAAGGCGGAAGAAGAUAUAGAAACAUGCCUAGCUAUAAGGGUACAAAAAGAUCAGCAUAUUAAACUUGCAGGCGAAGUAAGAAACAUAUUAAAUGACUGUAAAAGUAAAGUCAAAACUGAGGAAUCGUUAUUAGUAGCUACUUUUGAUCUGGAACGAACCCUGCCUCUUCCUUAUUUGAAUACUGGUGAGGUCUAUUAUUUAAGACAACUGCAAAUGCUGAACUUUGGUAUUCAUGCUUAUACUAAGGAAGGAGAAAAAGUUCUCAUGAAUAUGUGGCCAGAACAUUGUGGGGCCAGAGGCUCACAAGAAAUUAUGUCGUCACUUCACUACUUUUUAGAAGAUUCCGUGCCGGACACUGUCAAAUCACUGUGUUUUUUUAGCGACUGUUGCUCCGGGCAAAACAGAAACUGGAACGUUUUACACUUUAUGAUGUUUCUGGUUAAUAAAUCGCCAUAUCUAGAAUCGAUCACCAUGCAUUAUCUCGUCAGUGGCCAUACUUACCUGCCUAACGAUACCGACUUCUCUUUUAUAAGUCGAGAACUAAAAAAGAAGACUGAUAUCUAUACACCAGAAGAUUGGAUGAAGCUCGUCCGAGACUGCACAAAACAAAAACCUUUUACUGUGCGAGAUAUGAAAAAUAAGUUUCUAGAUUAUGAAAGCCUCACAACACUAUUCAAAGAUUAUCAGAUUGUAUUAAGAGAAGGCGCAAAAAUUUCUAAGAUGCGGAAGAUAAAGUUUUGUAAAGGUUCAAGUAUAAUCAGUUACAAUGAUGACUACACUGAAACAUAUGAAACAGUUGAUUUAAAACCAAAUGAUAUGGAUUCUGGAACUUUUUUUUGUAACCUAAAGAAUUAUAUACCAGAAAAAGCCCCUGAAACUAGACUAAUAUCGUAUCAAAAAAUGCAAGAUAUUAGAAAAACUCUAAAAUUCGUACCUCCUAUCCAUCAUCAGUUUUACUUGACAUUGCCACAUGUUCCUAGAAGAGGUGGCAAUCAGGAAGCACAAGAUGAUGUAAAUUUUUUGCCUGCUGUAUUUGGUGAUGAUUAA